AUGGGACCAGUAAAACAUAGAGGAGACGUAUCAGCACAAGAUACAUUGACCGCGGUAGUAUCGAAUGGUGAGCCUAAUUCCUCAACCGUAGACGAAUGUCCUGUUGGAAACGUAUCAAUUGAUAGUGUAACUAAUACAGCUGAGAUGGUUGCAAUCACGCCAGAAGAUGACGUACAUUUAACAACAAUAAGUCCAAUAGCAGAUGCAAGCGGCAUUCCUUCCAUGAAAUCAAUCAGUUUGGACUAUUUUCUGUGGCUGGUUAAUCGAUUAUCCAAAAGGACGGUCGAUGAAAAUUCUUUUGUUCCAGGAUUCACAGCCAUUAGAAGCUCGUUAACUAAUUUAAAUUUUCAUGACACCACAAAGAUCCUUACUCCAAUCUUACCGUAUCCAGCUACUACAUACGAUGCAAUAUUCACCACCAUGAUAAAUUUCCAAGACGCUCUGAAGCAGAAAGGAGAUACGUAUGGCGGUUUGUGGGCAGACGAAGGUGUAUACCGCAUUGCGAAAGAAAUUCAACUCCUAAAGCCAGAUAAAUUUAGCAACAUAUUUCUUGGUCUUGGAGGGUUUCAUAUGGAAAAAGUUGUGUUCGCGUGUCUUGGCGCAUAUUUGGAACCGUCGGGAAUAUUUUCUGUUUUAGUCGAAACCGAGUGCUAUGGUACCGAUACUAUCAAUGGUGUGAUUUCUGGUUCCCAUUAUUCCAGGGCUCGUACAGCCCAUUCUAUGAUCAACGAGAUUAUCAUGUCCUUGAUGCUAGAGGCAUUCCAAGCAGAAUAUCCAGAAAAGAGUGUCCUAUUUGAAGACCUUCUAAUAGACUGUCAAUCUGAGGAGAUGACAACUGAUUAUUCGAACACCAUAAAGGAACAGUCUAAAGAUAUAGAGGAAGACUUUCAAAAUUUCAUGAAAGAAAAAUCACGGCAAUCCCAGUCAUUUGCUUAUUGGUUUACGUAUGUUUUCGAGCUUUUUCCAAUAGCACGAGAUCUUACAAAUUCAAUGCGUUCUGGUGACUGGAUACUUUAUCUUAGUGCUGUUGAAAGAGCAACCUCGCUGUUUUUCUUUUUUGGACGGACUAACUAUAGUAGAUGGACACCUUUAUUCCUGCAGGAUUGUUGCCAAUUAAAAGAUAAGUUUCCACUUCUCUAUAGCUCAUACAUGGAUGGUGGAUUUGUUGUAAAUACCCCGAGAACAGGCAGUGGGGUUCGGUUUGACCAAGCUCUGGAGCAAAGCUACAACCGACCCGCUAAAGUUAGCGGUGGUAUAAUUGGUUUUACUAGAAAGAAAGACGCAGUGGCGUUGUGGGGUAUCAUCAAACACAAGAAAGAUGAAUACGUUCAUCUCCUUAAGAUGCAAGAUAAUGUAGACGGAGAACUGUCAGUUCAUCACAAUUUUAACCAGAGCAGUGCAAAAAAGAUAAAAGAAUUGAUGCAAGAAAUACAAAAUUACCUUCUGAAGGUUUGUAGUCCCUUUCUUGAUCUGGAGACUUUCAAGAAUGUACUUACUGGAGAGAUUGUGUCCAAAGUAGACGUGAGCAAGCUGCUGUGCUGUACAAAGAUGGGUGGUGGUGCUUUCGCUGAAUUUGUUGAAAAUCGUCUACGAGACAAAAAAGUUUCCAUACACUCCACGAUAAGUAAGAUCAAAUAUUCUUCGCCUCAUGUUUCGACACAUUCGGCCUCGAAGACAGACAUCAAAGACAAGACUAUCAAAGCUCUGAUGUUUAUUGAAUAUGGCCGUCAUUGUGGUUUCCCCGCAGAAGAGCUACUCGUCCAUGAAAUCACCAGGUCCGCUUUCUUCUUGGUUGACAAGGAUGGCUAUGUGAAAAAGAGUGUAAAAUCCCAGUUGGCGACAGAGAUCCUAAGCUAUGCCCAGAAAUAG